AUGGCUCACGUGUCGAAGUGGCAUAAAAAAUUCGAAUACGAGGAUCUCAAGAAGCUUUUGAAGCCAGGUGAUCUGGUGGAGUUCCAUCGUGGGACGUACAAGCAUUGGGCAGUAUUCGUGGGUUCCAUGCGAGAUUUUUGCGGCUUUUUCCCCGCCGGGUUCCAGUGCGAAUUUUGUCGAUGUUGUGCUCGUAGGUGUCAGUGUUCGAAGCUUUAUUUAGUUCAUCGCGCGAACGCGGGUGAAACCAACGCUCUCAAUUUUUUCGCGAGAAGUGAAAGCUACAACAAAGGCAUAAGGGGCGUUGGUAAUGUAAUUUUGGAGGUGAUCGACGAUGUCUGUGAUGGUUGCGAAGUGAGAAAGAAUAACUUCGAUGAUGCUAAGCUUCCCAAAGGAUUCUGCACUGUGAUGGUAUUGAAAAGAGCGUUCAAGCAAUUCAGCAAACACGCUACAGGUGAUGUCGAGAACGACGAAUACAACCUCGUAGUGAACAAUUGCGAGCAUUUUGCGUCGUGGUGUCGUUACGGAGCCAAGUCAAGUUCUCAGAUAAAGAAUGGUGCCCUAACCUUGGGUGUCACUACCGUUCUUGCUGCAGCUGUCUCUGCGUAUGCCCUGACGCCCCGGAAGAAUGCAAAAAAGGCGCCGGAAGAAAAUGUUUCAGCGUACUCUAAUUCACCGUUCCCAAAGCUAGCUUUUGGCGUGUCCUAA